UCACAGAGAGAACUCAGAGAAGUCACGAACUCCACCCUUCCCUACGCUCUUUCAGCCACGGGCAAGAAGAGGCGUAACCCUAGCAGGCAGGUUACGACCUCAACCGGGUACCUUAGUACCUACCCCAAGUCAUCCUUGGACCCGUUCUCAACCCCAGAACCCGAACAAAUGGAGAGUUAAUAGAUCAUGUAAGAAAUUCAUAUUUUAAGUGACAAUAAACCUUACCAUAUGAUUCUAAAUCAGUGUUAAUAGUUCAAAGAGCCAUACCGCAGAAACCUUAAACGAUCUAUGGUUACUACUUAGAUACCACAAGGAAUCGCCUAAAAUGGCAUCUUUAGGACCAUAUAUAUCAAUCCACUUUUACUAGUAUGGAUGACAAGGGAACCAAUAUUCAUAAUCACCAUGAAAUUUGUAUAGAUAUCCAUAUGGAUGCCCAACAUAUGCCUCAUAAGCAGCAACACCAACACAAUUAUUUAUUUGGAAGUUGAUAUUGACUACAAACUGGUAGAGAGUUAGAAGUUCAACAAUAAUACAAAGCUAAAGUAGCCUGUGAGCUGAGGGAAAGCCCUAAACCCACCCAUAUAUUUAAGACUAUACUGUUUGGAAUGCAUUUAAAUUGUGAUACAGGUCUUGAUUUCAAACCCUUGUCCAGUAGGGGUGAAUAAGAAUAUUUUGCAGCAUAAAGUCAAAGUCAAACAGAACUCAAAUUUAUCAAGUUCUUCCCCUGACAAGAAUGAAACAAGUUCUACUCCCUAAUUAAAAUUAUUAAUUAAGCUUUUAAAAAAAUUAUGAUGACAAUUAGAUUUGAAAUCUAGAACAACAAAAAAUACGAAGUUUAGUCCCUAGCAAUUCUAAUAAGAAUAUUUUUACUUGGACUAUUUUCAAUCCCCAAACCAGAAUAAAAUAGACCAGACUUUUAUAGAAUUAGACCAGACUUCCAUAGUUAUAACAUUGAUAGACACCAAACGUUUACCAUGCCAGAUCAGACCAGUUCAGACCAAACCAAAUCACAUAUACUUAAACACACCAGAUUAGACUGGACCAACAAAUGUUAGUCCAAAUAAAAUCAUCCUAAAGCUUUCCUAGAUUAAAGCAUUGGAUUUAUAUUUCACGCCAUUAACUCCAUAAAAAGGGAAACCCUUGAGUUGUAUAUCACCGGUAAAUCCAGCACACAUCCAAAAUUUUAAAAGAAGAAAAAUGUUCGUUUAUCCUUUUGUUUAGGCAUUCCAUUCCAUACCACCUCGUUCAAAAGAAAAUAGUUUGAAAUGAAUAGACUUGGAUUAAUUCUAUGUUUAUCUAUUUAAUUAUCCAUAUCAUUUCAAGGUUGAUUAAGUCCAGUAGCUUGUAUGCAUGUGCAAUUGUGCCCUGCAUAACAUGUAAAAUGUUAAACAUCGUAAAAUUGGACCAACAUAGUGAAAUUUGAGCAUUAAAGCUAGAGCCGUCAAAAUGGGCCGAAACCCACGGGCUGACCCGUUUAAACCCAUUUAUUGGUGGGUUAGGGUUGAGAAUUCCUGACCCAUUUAGUUCGCGGGUUUCGCGGGUCAACCCAUGCGGGUUGCGGGUUUAAGUGGGUUAGCCCACCGGGUUACGGGUUGGCCCGCGGGCCAAAAUAAAAAAAUAUAGUUUUGAAUUUUAUUAUCUAAAAUAGUGUUCUUUUACUACCAAUAUUAUUAUAAUUACAAUUAAAAAAGUAUUAUUCUUUUAUUUCUAUAAUAAAUAUUCAAAUAAAAUGUUGAAACAUAUAUUUUUGUGAAGUUCGAUACAAUAUUUAACAAUUAGUAGUCAUUAUUUGCAAAUAAUUAAUCAAAAGUUUUAUGUAAAUCUUUAUUUUUAUACAAUGAUUAUUUUUGUCACAUAGCCUCUUAUAGUUUUCAAAUUCUCGUAUAACUAGUAUUUAAUAUUUUUUAAUUAAUUUUAACAAGUAUUGAAUUUUUAGUAUUUUGAAUUCUUAUAUUUCCUUUGUUACUACUUGCUAAUAUAAAUAUAUACUUCCGGGUAAUUAUUAUUUUUUAAAAAAUCGUUUUAUAUUUUUUUUACAUUGGCCCGCGGGCCAACCCGUUUAACCCACGGGUUAGGUGGGUUGGGUUAGGGUUGUAGAAUUUCUGACCCGUCAUUAAAUGGGUUGGCCCGACCCAACCCACAUAAAGCAUAACCCGUUUGUUGAGUUUAAUCCAACACGAUAUAGUAAAUAUAUGUAUGAACACUCAGUUUUUACGUGGAAACCCGAAAGGGAGAAAACCACGGGACUUUUUAGGCCAAUGUCCAAGCCCUCUCAUUCUCAUUAGUCUCUCCUCACCAUUACAUAGUACAAGUAUUGAAGCUCCCAUUAAUGGAGUUUUAAGCUAUUCUAGUGAGAAGGAGGAAGAAGAAAAGAUCCAUAAUUUGGAGGCUAAACUCCCUAUUUAUAGACAAAGGGGAAAGGGUGCUCUCCACCCUAAUGGGCCAAACGGGCCAAUAUUGGGCCUAAUGGGCCGAAAUGGGCCUAUCUGCUCGGGCUCCGUACUGGGUAAUGUCUUGGGCUCCUGAACAGUAAUAGGCCGGGAUAAUAUAUCCCAACACAAGUCCCCCAGUUUCUUGAGUAGUGAGCGUGCGAAUCUGCUCGAGAAAGUAUACUCUUGCCUGCGCUCUUCCUCUGUCUUACUGGAAACUGUGUCUUCACGUAAUCAUCAUAUAUGAGUGAGUGUCUGCACUCUUGAACGUAAUCUACCAGUGAGGCACCCCCCUUCCCGACAGGGUCGGGCGAAGGGUGCUCCUCCACGGGUACACUCCGCCUAAAUGCAUCAGGCGGGAGCAAAGGACUCUGACUCGAGCUUUCCAGUCGGAGAAGCUUAGAGGUCCAUACAUCCACGAACCGACGUCGCGGUACUGUCAAAACAUGAUGCACGUGUGUAUGUAUGAAUGUAUGAGGUAUGAUGCAUGAAUGUAUGUAUGCAUGUAAUGUAUGUAUGUAAUGUAUGAGAGAGGGAAUGCAAGAUGUGAUAGAAGCAGUAGCUCUCAUCGAUAACCCGGGCCUGUCAGCGCCGAGGGGCCAAUCAUGCUGCAUACGACGGGUCCCCCAUCCGAGAUGGCAUGGGCGGAGCCGGGGGUGAACUAGACAUGAUGCCGCCGAGGGGCCAAUCGAGCUGUAUAAGAGAUGUUCGUCGCCAUCCUGGAAGGGAUGGGCGAGCCGAACACGAGCCAGACACGAUGGCUCUGGGGCGCUGAUCGUGCUGCAUAUGAGACGUUCGUCGCCAUCCUGGAGGGGAUGCGUGAUCCGAACGUGAAAGAGACACGAUGGCGCUGAGGGGCCGAUCGUGCUGCAUAAGACGGUCGUCGCCAUCCUGAAGGGAAUGUGCGAGCCGAACCGUGAAGCCAGGUACGAUGGCGCUGAGGGGCCGAUCGCACUGCAUAAGACGUUCGUCGCCAUCCUGGAAGAGAUACGCGAUCCGAAUCGUGAAAGAGACACGAUGGCGCUGAGGGGCCGAUCGUGCUGCAUAUGAGACGUUCGUCGCCAUCCUGGAGGGGAUGCGUGAUCCGAACGUGAAAGAGACACGAUGGCGCUGAGGGGCCGAUCGUGCUGCAUAAGACGGUCGUCGCCAUCCCGGAGGGAAUGUGCGAGCCGAACCGUGAAGCCAGGUACGAUGGCGCUGAGGGGCCGAUCGCACUGCAUAAGACGUUCGUCGCCAUCCUGGAGGGAAUGUGCGAGCUGAACGUGAGCUGGGUACGAUGGCGCUGAGGGGCCGAUCGUACUGCAUAAGACGGUCGUCGCCAUCCUGGAGGGAAAUGAGCGAUCCGACCGUGAAUCUGGACACGAUGGCGCUGAGGGGCCGAUCGUGAUGCAUACGACGUUCGUCGCCACCCUGGAAGGGAUGGACGAUCCGAACGUGAGCUGGGUACGAUGGCGCUGAGGGGCCGAUCGUACUGCAUAAAACGGUCGUCGCCAUCCUGGAGGGAAAUGGGCGAUCCGAACCGUGAAUCAGGACACGAUGGCGCUGAGGGGCCGAUCGUGAUGCAUAAGACGUUCGUCGCCACCCUGGAAGGGAUGGACGAGCUGAACGUGAGCUGGGUACGAUGGCGCUGAGGGGCCGAUCGUACUGCAUAAGACGGUCGUCGCCAUCCUGGAGGGAAAUGGGCGAUCCGAACCGUGAAUCAGGACACGAUGGCGCUGAGGGGCCGAUCGUGAUGCAUAAGACGUUCGUCGCCACCCUGGAAGGGAUGGACGAGCUGAACGUGAGCUGGGUACGAUGGCGCUGAGGGGCCGAUCGUACUGCAUAAGACGGUCGUCGCCAUCCUGUAGGGAAAUGGGCGAGUCGAACCGUGAAUCUGGACACGAUGGCGCUGAGUGGCCGAUCGUGAUACAGAAAAAUAGUGAUGAUCAUCUCAUGGCCCUCGGCCUGUCGGUGAGCGAUAAUCGUCUCACGGCCCUCGGCCGUGCUGGUGAUGUGUCAAGUCUCUCUCCUGAUUGGCUGUGAGAAGCCGAUCAUCUGCCAGGACUCCAUCCGGGAGGAAUGGUGAGCCUGAAAUAAAUCUGGGCGAUGUCCCUCCUACCUGAUCUGGGGAGCUGAUCGUCGUUCGUCUACCGUAUCUGUGGUCCUAUGUACAGACCGCUAAGCGGUGUACACUCGGUACGCAACAGACUCCGGUGGAGAACUGGUCCUUCGUGUCUGAUCCAUGGAGCUGGUCUUCGUUCGUCUACCGUAUCCGUGGUCCUAUGUACGGACCGCUAAGCGGUGUACACUCGGUACGCAACAGACUCCGGUGGAGAACUGGUUCUUCGUUCUUCCCAAGUCUCGUGAGUACUGGUCUCCUGGUUUCGCAGGAGACGUUCGUCAUCCCAACUAUGAGAAGAAACAGGUUUAUCCACGUCGGGAUUCCCUAUUCUUCGUUCGUCCCUGUCGUGGUCCUACUAACCUUCUUACUUCGAAGAAGACGUUCGGUCAUCCAACGAUCGCAAGGAGGAACAGGUUUAUCCACGUCGGGAUUCCCUAUUCUUCGUUCGUCCCUGUCGUGGUCCUACUAACCUUCUUACUUCGAAGAAGACGUUCGGUCAUCCAACGAUCGCAAGGAGGAACAGGUUUAUCCACGUCGGGAUUCCCUAUUCUUCGUUCGUCCCUGUCGUGGUCCUACUAAUCUUCUUACUUCGAAGAAGACGUUCGGUCAUCCAACGAUCGCAAGGAGGAACCGGUUUAUCCACGUCGGGAUUCCCUGCUUCGUCGUCCCAUGCUCGUGGCCCUACUAGCCUUCUGCUCUGGCAGAAGGUGUUCGUCGAACCACGGGUCAUGGGAGGAACUGGUUUAUCUUGCCGAGGUUCCCUUUGGUACGUCUAGCCCCCCCCACGUUCCUACUAGCCUCCGCGUCGGGAGACGUUCGUCAUACGCGGCGAAGGAAGAUCAGGCAUACCUCGUCAAGACUCCCUCUCUCAUAGGAGCUUCUCUCUCCCCUUCUCCCCAUCUUUUUUUUUUCUUUCUUUUUUUGUUUUUUUUUUUUUUUUUUGAGGGAGGAAAAUACGUUCGUCGGUUUCCAAGAAAGACCACAAGUGAUGUCACACGUAAUGGUGGUGGGAUACCAAAAUGAAGCGGAUGACGAGGCGAUGGAAAUGCUGGUCGUCAUGCGAAGGCGAUGGUCACCCUCCUGGAGGGGAGGGGUGAGCCCGAUCGCUAACUCAAGAAGGUCGGCACCGGGAGCCGAUAUAUAAUGAUCAUAAUGUCGCUGAGCAGUCGGUCCUGAUAAGGAGAUGACAAUAGUGUCCGAUCAAGCCGAUAUAUCCAAGCAACGGCUCUCAUCCACGCAGCGCGGGGAUGAAACCGGUCUUCAAAAGAUAAAUAUGUCGUGCCGGGAGGCCGAACAUAACAUGAUAGUGUCGGCAGUAAGAGGCCGACCUGAAAGAAUCAAGCAAUGGUCCUCGUCCGCGAGGGGCAGGGACAAGGCCGGUCUUCAAAAGAUAAACACGCCGUGCCGGGAGGCCAGUCGUGAUAUAAUAACAUCGACAAUGAGAGGCCGAUCUGAGAAAACAAGCAACGGCCGUCAUCCGCGCGGAGCGGGGAUGAAACCGGUCUUCAAAUAUGGAAAGAACGCCGAGCCGGGAGGCCGGUCGUGAUAUAACGGUGUCGGCAAUGAGAGGCCGAUAUGAGAAAACAAGCAACGACCGUCAUCCGCGCGGAGCGGGGAUGAAACCGGUCUUCAAAUAUGGAAAGAACGCCGAGCCGGGAGGCCAGUCGUGAUAUAACGGUGUCGGCAAUGAGAGGCCGAUAUGAGAAAACAAGCAACGGUCCUCAUCCGUGCAGUGCGGGGACGAGGCCGGUCUUCAAAUAAGAUAAACACGCCGUGCCAAGAGGCCGGUCGUGAUAUAAUGAUGUCGGCAAUGAGAGGCCGAUCAAGUGUAUCCGUGCAACGGCUCUCAUCCGCGCAGCGCGGGGAUGAUACCGGUCUUCAGGUGAUAAACACGCCGUACUGUGAGGUCGGUCGUGAUGUAAGGAUGGUCCCACGACUCUCGGCCGUAGUGGUCUCCUCUAGGCCACCGGCUCCUGGUGUGGAGAUGCUCGUAUCACGGCUCUCAGCCGUGAUGGUUUCCUCUUGGCCCUCGGCCUCUGGAUGAUGGAUGAUCGUCUCACGGUUCUUCGCCGUGGCAGUUCCCUCUAGACCCUCGGCCUCUAGGUGUUCUUCCUAGGCCAUCGGUCUCUGGGGUGGAGAUGCUCGUCCCACGGUUCUCAACCGUGGUGGUCUCCUCUAGGCCCUCGGCCUCUAGGUGGAGAUGCUCGUCUCACGGUCCUCAGCCGUGAUGGUCUCCUCUUUAGCCGGCCCUGCACGUCUUCAAGACUCGGGCCGAGCGUCUUCUAAUCAUUUCGCUCCAGCGCGCCGAGUGGCUUCAGCUACGCAAUAAGCAUGAUAAUGGGCCACACGGCCCGACAAUAAAUAUGCACACAUAACCAUCUGCAUGGCCUUCUCUCUAACACCCACGAUUACCGGCCUAUGGGUCAUCGUGACCCUCGGCCCGGCUCAUCGUGCGGGAUUAAUGGACGUAGCAGCUCGCGGCGGGGCCAAUUAGCAGCCCGCCGGACGUCACAUAGAAAUAUUCAUCGGUCUGUGAGUUUUCAAACUCAGACCCAAGUUGGUCGCACCGCCCCCGGAAAAACGAGGUUGAGUGCUUUGGUGCCUUCGGGCCCCACAGGCCGCGUUGGCAAUAGUCACUCUGCGCCUGAUGGCGUAGAUGGUACCAGGGUACGAUCGUCGCUCGAGCACUCGGUGUCGUGCGGACUAAUGCGUAACCCCCCAAAUUAAAACGCGUCAUCGGGGCACUACCCUCUGGAGACGCUCAGAUCGCAAAUCAAGCUGAUCGAGAGUGGGCCAUCGGGGCCACAAGAAGUCAAAUACUUAAUAAAAUGUUAGUUGAACUAACCAUCACUUGAGCCUCGCUCAGCAUUAUUUAAUUCGGGACAUUUUAUCCCUAAUAAAUAAUAGUGACAUAACCGGUAAUAGCAAUGAUACUUCCCUAUCAAAGGCCAUUCAAGUAUACUCCGUUCGCUAAUUAAAGCCGAUCAGGAGCGGGCCAACAGGCACACAACAACCAGUCAUUAAAUUUAAAUGACGGUGAAACUAAUUAUCACUUUGAGCAUCGCUCUCACUAUUUAAUUCUGGGACAUUUUAAUCCCUAUUAAAUAAUGGGAUAAUAUACUAGCAAUACUUCGAGUUUUCACUACUAAAGUGUUUAAUUAGCAUAUGAUGGAAUUAAAAUACUUAGCUUUGAAGUCGUGCCCUUUAGCCGAGAAGCAACUAUGGAAGAGUUGUCCAAAUAAUGUUCUGCUUGUUGACUGAGUCAACACACUCCAAAUAAUGUCCUGCUACGUACGGUGACCGCCCAAAAUAAUGCUUGCUGCUCUGUCUUUGUUGCUAAUUCCACUCUUGGAUUUCGGCCUUUGUACGUGGCCUGCUCUCAGCCAAGUGAGGAGCAUCUUGUGGAGAGGCAAAUGAACACCCCACCAAGGAAGGGCAGUAUCGUUCGGCCCCUGAUUGACGGUAGCAAUGGAGCCAUGGCAGCUCAACGGCGGCCAUGGAGGCUUGUCUUCGGCGAGGGAUCAGCCCCGGUCAGAUAUUUGGCUCUCGAGAAAUCCAAGUCGCCAUUAAUGUCGGAAAUCAAGGAAGCUUAGGUUGGCAGCGAGGUGGAUAAGCUAGCCGUGAACGGUGACCGGCGACCUCGUAACGGAGGCAAAAGACCGUAAAUACCGCGAAGAGUGUCGGAAACCAUAGCUCCUGGUUUACUGCAGACGAUGAUAACCAUCUGAGGCGGCACCAGUCACUUUCAAGCUGCCAUAGUGAGGUCCAGUGAGCAGCGACCUUCAGUUGAUGGUGCCGACGUAACAUGGACGGUUACGGCGAUUCCCGGCGGCCCUGGCAGUUUCCGGCAAAGGUUGGGAUGUUCCUGAUGUGAAGAAACCAGAUCUGUAUAUUCUUCUUUUCUCAGAAUCAUUUUUUGUAAAAUUUUUCUUCUUUUUUGGUGAAAUCAGUCCACUUCGUAUGAAUUUUUGUAGAAAAAACUCAAGAACGGUAGAACACACGAAUCUUUUUGGACAGAUUCCCACAGACGGCGCCAGUGUUGAGUUUAAUCCAACACGAUAUAGUAAAUAUAUGUAUGAACACUCAGUUUUUACGUGGAAACCCGAAAGGGAGAAAACCACGGGACUUUUUAGGCUAAUGUCCAA